AACACCAUAAAUAUUCACAGAACUCUAAGAUCAAAUUGUAAAACUAACAAAAAACAUACAAUGAGAAUUUCAAACAUUGGCUUCUUCAUUAUCUUGCAGCUGUUGGGUCUUACUCUUUGGCUGUUGAAUUCUCAUGCUACUGUUGUUCACUCUCAGAACGUUGAAUAUUUGCCCGGGUUCGAUGGCCCUCUUCCUUUCUCGCUUGAAACCGGGUACAUUGGAAUGGAUAAAGGAGAGGUUCAACUGUUUUACUAUUUCUUUGAGUCCGAAAACAAUCCAAAACAAGAUCCGGUGAUUCUUUGGCUAACCGGAGGCCCUCUUUGCUCUGCAAUGUCUGCCAUCCUCUAUGAAAUAGGACCUAUACAACUUGAAGAGGUAGAUAAUAUUGAGACUAUACCCAAAUUGUUCUUGAGGCAAUAUGCAUGGACUAAGACUGCAAGCAUACUCUUUGUGGAUUUUCCUGCGGGUGCUGGCUUCUCUUAUGCUGAAACAUCUCGUGCCAAUUACUCUGGGGAUUUCAAGGCAUCUCAUAACAUUAAUCAAUUUUUAAGAAAGUGGCUGCUCAAUCAUCCACAAUUCCUUUCAAAUCCUCUUUACCUUGGAGGUGACUCAUACAUAGGAUUUACUCUUCCACUAUACUUUAUAGACAUGGUUUAUGAUAAUGAAAGAGGGUCACAACCAUUCCUAAAUCUCAAGGGCUAUAUAUUAGGAAAUCCUGCCACUGAUAGAUUUAUUGAUAGCAAUUAUCAGGUCCCUUUUGCACAUGGCAUGGGGCUCAUUUCUGAUGAGCAGUAUGAGUCAUUGCAAAGAACUUAUAAAGGACAGUAUCAAUUGGUAAAUGCAAGAAACCAAGAGUGUAGGAACAAUAUUAAGAACUUUGAAUGGGGCCUGCUUGGAAUUCAAAUUACAAUGACAUUAGAGAGUUAUUGUGAUAUUGAUUCUCUAAGAAUUCAUGGAAUCUCCGGUAGCAAGAGAAGGAAGAUGAUUGAUAGGGUCAAUAGCCUACUUCAUCUCAAACAACUUGGUGCUUAUACUUGUCGAAAAGAAGGAUAUUUAGUUGCUAAACACUGGAUGAAUCAGAAGAGUGUUCAAAAGGCUCUUCAUGUUCGUAAGGAAACUAUUGGAAAUUGGAUAAGAUGUAAUUAUAAAUUCAACUAUUCUUAUGAGGUUCCAAGUAGUGUGCCAUACCACGUGAAAAUAAGUGCCAAAGGCUUUCGAUCACUAAUAUACAGUGGAGACCAUGACAUGAUUGUCCCAUUCCUGGGAACGCAAGCAUGGAUAAGAUCUUUGAAUUACUCAAUUAUUGACGAUUGGAGAAAAUGGCUAGUUGAUAGCCAAAUAGCCGGCUUUACAAGGACAUAUGCUAAUAGAAUGACAUUUGCCACCGUUAAGGGAGCUGGACAUACUGCUCCCGAGUACAAGCCAAAGCAAUGUGCCUUCAUGUUUAAGAGAUGGAUCCGAGGGGAAGCUUUAUAAUAUUCUCACAUUAUAAAAAUUUAAAUUUAUACAAUCUGUAUUUUACUUCUCAAUAAUAAAAGGAAAUAAAUCUUAUUUAUAGGUAUGGUUUCCUCAUCAUAAUCGAUCUUAGGUAUUAAGUUGUUUACACCUUUUCCUAUUUCACAACUACAAUUACAAGCAACUCAUUGAUUAAAUAUAUUAGAAUGAGAUUUCCUUUAGA